AUGGAGUCACGAAAGUUACGUCGUCUGCAAAUUGGUCUUCCGGACGCUCCUGGAAACGUUCAGGUUGAGAUUGGCCCUCAGCCGGGUACAUUAUUAGUUUCAUGGUCUCCAGUCACAUCGCAACCAUUGCCGCCUUCGCGUGCUGCCGUUCAUUCAUAUUUAAUCUAUGCUGAUGGUCGUAAUAUUGCUCAAGUUCCUGAUGCAAAUGGCAAAGUUAGCAAUCAGUUGAAUAGUGAACUUUAG